UGUCCCAGGGAGCAGUGAAUGCAGCCAACUCCUCCCAAAAGAAAAGUGUGACUUUCCGGUGGGAUUUUAAUCCGUUAAGUGAAAUACAUACAAAGUAUGUUUGGUAUCACAGUGUAGAAAGCUGGUGCUUUAGUUUAAUAUAUUAUGCAGAAGGAAGGUUCCAGAGAAGUUUCUUUCGGUCCUGAGCUCGGUGGGUUUCACGGUGGGAGGCUUUUCACUGGUUUGUUUGUGGCACCCAUUGGUAGCACCAGAAGUCCCCAAAAACAGACAAUGUCUCAGUCUGAACAGAAAGAAAACGCGGAGCAGCCAACGUUAAACUCGGAACACGAACAAAACGGCGUCUUGGUGAACCCAAAAGCGGUUUGUAACGUGUGUAGACGCUUGUACCGGGACCCUAAAAUCCUCCCGUGUCUGCACACCUUCUGCUCCGACUGUAUCGGCCAGCUGGAGCCCUUCUCGGUGUCUUCGCGUAGCCGCCGCGACGCACCGGGAAACGGCAGGGGCGAAGCCUUGGAGGAGGACCGACCCACCGUCACGGUGCUCUGUCCCGAUUGUGACACCGAGGUGGACAUCCCUCCGUCGGGACCGGGAGGUCUGACCACCGACCACCUGGCGCUGGAUGACGUAUUCCUGGAGACCCUGGUGACGGACGGCCCGCUGGGAUGCGACCUGUGCGGCGAAGGAGACGCCAAGAGCCGCUGCGACGUCUGCUGCGUCAACCUGUGCGAGUUCUGCUGCCAGGCGCACAGGCGGCAGAAGAGAACAGCAUCUCACCCUAUCCAGUGUCUGGAGGAGCUUAAGUCUCGUGGUCGUCUGUGCCGCCCCGUCCUCUGCUCCCUCCACCCCGGCCAGGAGCUCCGGCUCUUCUGUCAGCCCUGCGACCUGCCCGUCUGCCUGGAGUGUGCCGCCAUGCUGCACCGCGACCACCACUGCUGCCCCACCCGUGAUGUUAUCGAUCGUCAUGGAGACCGUAUCCGAGAGCUGGUCACGGUGCGCCUGCGACCUUGCAUGGAGCGUCUGAAGGACUCACUGCACAAGGUGGAAGUAUCCCAGGAGGCUUUGCAGGCACGGGUGGACGCGACAGCGAACGAGGUGAGGGUGUUUGCGAGAGCCUACGCCAGCGCUGUGGAAGCCCAUUGCCUGUCACUGCUGCACCGCCUGGAGGAGCUCCGUGUCCAACGCAGGAACCAGCUCCACCUGCAGAGGGCGCAACUGCAGCAGGCUCUGUUGGACGUCGGCGGCGGCGUGGAGUUUGCAGAGAGACUGCUGAGCUGCGGCUCGGACGCUGAGAUCCUGAGCGCCAAAGGAGUGACACUAAGAAGACUGACCAGCCUGGCAAAGAACAGCUACGACCCCAACCCGGCAACCGUCGCCACCGACGACAGCAGCGGCAUCAGCUUCAUGGCCAGGGAGCCGGCGGGGGAUGUGGAGGGCUACCCGGUGGUCGGGGUGAUCAACUCUAAAACCGUGGACCUCAGCAAGUGCACCGUCGAAGGGGAAGGUCUACAGAGGGGCGUGGAGGGGCAGCAGGGCUACUUCGCCCUGGUGUGCCGAGACUCAGCUGGGGAGCAGGUGGCACGAGGUGGAGAGCAUGUCCUGGUCAGCAUCGUUCACAAGGAGAAGAAAAACUGCACAUUGGAGACGACUGUGGUUGACAACAGCGAUGGAUCCUACAGAGUUUCAUACACGCCUGAAGAGUCAGGAACCUACUCGGUGUGGGUUUGUGUCAAAGCUCAACAUGUCAAGGGCUCUCCGUUUCUUCUGAAUGUGAAGAGGAAGUUGAGGCGUCACAGCGGGACGUUUCACUGCUGCUCUUUCUGCUCCAGUGGAGGAGCCAAAGAGGCUCGCUGUGGCUGCGCGGGAACCAUGCCAGGAGGAUUUAAAGGUUGCGGUCACGGUCAUAAAGGACACCCCGGGAAGCCCCACUGGUCUUGUUGCGGCAGCACCGCGGAGCAGUCCGAGUGUUUGCCCCGGAGCGUGUUGGCUGCAGUCUCCCCCCGCGGCCACCUGCGGACCGUGGAGCUCUGAGGCGACGCGGAGACGAGACCGGUCCCAGAUGACAGAAGGUAAUAAAGGGCGGCGGCAACCAAAAGGUCAGAGCGGAGGGGGAGUACACUUAUGCUUGUUGUUGGCGGUAAAUCUUGAAAAGGUCAGACAAGGAAAGCUCUAAAGACGCAGUGACUGAUGCGAGACAUCGACGUGGCUGUGUCUCGACAGCCUCUGCCAAACGUUGGCCUGGUUGUGGAACGGUAGCCAGCUCACCAUCACAGACAAACCCCAAAGUGUGGGCUAAAGGCUCUGAAUCUCUGUGGCAAAAGUACCUUUUGUGUCUUAAGCUCUGGUUGCCUAUGACAAGAUGGAGGAGAAAGAAAAUGAAAAGCUCCACUCACAGCAGCACGUUUCUGCUGCUCCUGAAUCAAAUGUGUUAAAAGCCUCGCUGAAGGGCGAAUCUAUCUCUCGGAGAAGAGAUAGUGCUGCUGCUUUAUUCACCCACCAUCCUACGCUCUCAAGCUGAUUUUCUUUUUCAACCUUGAAGCUGCUGUCGAUUUCAAAAGGUGCUGAAAUCAGUGUUUUAUAUCUUAAAUGUGAAAACUUGUUCAAAUAGAACCAUUGAGAGUCACCAGACCGUUGAACUUUAAUACCUUUUGUGUGUUUUGGAUCCUUUAGUCAAGAGAGAAUAUCUUUUGAACCAAAGUGCCUGAAAAACAAUUUUGAUGCUGAAAUUGUGAAACGAUGGGUUUUCCCAAUAAAUACCAAGAAAGCAAUGUA